AUGCGGUCUCAAUCUUCGAAGCAACUGUCUUCGGCGGGAGCAGAGGAGUUUGGUGAAAUAUCGAGAAAGGAGCUUGAUGAUGCCAAUCUCGCGCGCAUGGGAAAACGCCCCAUACUGAAGCGCAAUUUUGGCUUGAUGUCAAUGCUGGGUUUCAGCUGUACGAUCCUGAUUACCUGGGAGGGAAUUGUCGUGCUAUUCUUGCAAGCAUACCAGAAUGGAGGUCCAGCUGGUGCUGUGUAUGGAUUCCUCUUCGUUUGGGCUGGUGUCGCCGCUACCUUUGGCACCAACCUCGGGGGGGCAGUACCACUGGACAUCUAUGCUAGCGCCGCGAUCGUGCAUGAAAUUGAUGAGCUACCUGACAGCUGGCACGCAACUCUUAUAUUCUGGGCGGUCGUGGCAUUUUCUGUCUCCAUCAACAGUGUUGGCGGCAAUGUUCUUCCCCGAUUUGAGGGAUUUAUCUUGAUCCUCCACAUUCUUGGCUUCUUCGCGAUUCUCAUUCCCUUGACUUAUAUGGCCGAUCAUGGGACCCCCAAGGAGGUCUUUACCAAGUUCCUCAACAUGGGGGAAUUCCCGUCUCAAGGACUGUCGUUCUUUGUCGGAAUGGUUGGGUGCAUGUUUGCGUUUGCCGGUGGCGAUGCCGCAGUUCAUAUGUCUGAAGAGAUCACAAAUGCCGCUGUUGCAGUCCCCACUUCAAUUAUGCUCAGUGUCUUGAUCAAUGGAUCCUUGGGUUUCGGCAUGUUAAUCGCUAUGCUGUUUUGCAGCGGGGAUCUCGGAUCGUCCCUGAACUCACCUACUGGCUACCCCUUCCUGGCAAUUUUUUUGGAAGCUACAGGAUCGACCGCCGCAACCGCGGUGAUGGGUUCGAUAGUUACUACCAUGGGCGCCACCACCUCAGUCGGCAUGCUAGCGUCCACUUCACGGCAGUUCUGGUCCUUCGCGAGAGACCGUGGGAUUCCCGGCUGGCGACUGUGGAGCCAGGUCACCGAUCGCUCUGCCGUUCCCCUUUACUCUGUUUUGGUGACAUCCGUGAUCGCCUGCCUCCUUGCGCUCAUCAACAUUGGCUCCUCUGUCGCCUUCAACGAUCUCUGUUCCAUGUCGAUAUCUGGUCUCUACUUGUCGUACAUGGUGGUUGGUGGUCUUCUCCUGUGGCGUCGUUGUACUGGUGGGAUCGGCUUUGUUCGCGGCAGCCAUUCUGCCAUCAUCAACACCGCCGGCGCAAAGCUCGUUUGGGGCCCAUUCCAUGUACCAGGCAUCUGGGGUAUCCUGAUGAACGCCUGGGCUUUGGUGUACAUGACUGUCGCUGUCUUCUUUAGCUUCUGGCCACCGGCUUGGGCGGUGACUGUUCAAACUAUGAACUUUAGCGUUGUUGGGACUCUGGGCACCGUCAUUGCCAGUCUUUUCUACUACUAUGCUCGUGCGAGCAAGGUCUAUAGUGGGCCUGUUAUGGAGCAUGGACUUUAA